AUGAUUAGGGCCCUUAUAGAUGCCUAUUUCGAGUUCGUAUACCCACUAACAAAUCGUGGGUUCAUCCAUCAAGGCAGACUACUUGAGGAACUCGACGAGGAGAAAGCACCGGUCGUGCUACUCAAGGCUAUGGCAGUCUCUGCUUCACACUUCGUCGAGGCUUCUGCGGACAUGACGAGACAAGCUACUCAGUGGGCCGAGGAUGUCGAUACCUACAUCAUGGCCAACAUGGGCUCAUACUCCUUCCUUAACCUACAAGUUUUAGUACUGUGGGCUAACUAUUAUUAUACUACCGGCAACAUGGGGAAGACGUGGAUGUUGGUUGGAUUGGCUGCGCGAUUGGCUUACUGUCUACAGAUCAAUACGGAAUCGACAAAUGGGUCACCCAGCGAGAAAGAAAGUCGGAGGCGCAUGAUGUGGAACCUCUGCAUACUAGACCGACUGCUCGCUGGAACCGUCGAAGAGUUUUCUGUGUGCUCGAAGUACAUAGACAGCCUACGGUUACCCUGCAGUGAACACUUCUUCAUAGCUGAGAUUGAGGUCGAGACAGACACUUUGCAAUCCUUUACCAGCCACCAAGAAGUCCGGAACAUUAGUGGUUUUGCUGCCCUUGUUGGGUUGUUUGAAAUAUGGCGUGAAAUUCAUCUAUUCAUGAAAAGCGUCUCUCGAAUGAUGAUCCAAGCCGAUCAAAUGAUGCAGCAAGUCUCUAACCUUCAUACGAAGCUCUCCAACUUUGAGCAACGACUUCCCUCGAAUCUGAGAUUCACGAAGCAGAAUUUAUACCUUCACACUAACACGUCAGAAAAGGCGACUUUCAUCAUGCUAAAGUCCUGGUGGCGCGAGUGUUACUGCAACUUAUACCGCUUUAGCCUCCCCGGAUUCCGCGAGUCAGUCAAGGUCACUUCUGCAAAUUCGCCCUUUCUACAGACAUGCCGCCAGCAAGUACUCAAAUCAUCCUUGGAGCAGAGUAACUUCUGGCGGAGUAUUGCCAACAUUCGAGGUGCUCGGCUGAGCGAUCCAAUCGUAAUUGUCCUGGUGCAUUCCAAUACGAAAACGCUUCUCGCCAUCCAAAAGUUGUCAGAAUCCGAUCAUCUCAACCAAGAUUAUGGGAUGAGCGAGAUUUCUACUCCAUUAGCGUCUAACAUCUCCUCCUUGGAUUGGCUAGCAAAUCGAAUGCCGAGGAUUGCUACAGUGCAACAAGGAAUUCGAAACAUCAUCCGUAGGAACACCAAUCACGCUUCUGCUGAAAGCAUCAUAGAUGCUGGAUUGCCUCUGAAGCGACGGCAUUCUCGCCAAGAACUCGUCGAGAGACAUAGAGAUGAACAAGAAACACAAAUACAAGCUAUAGGUGGAGGAGAAUACAGAGACAUCAUAGACGCCGUUGUCUCACCCACAAUUGUUGCAGAGGACCUAAACGGUAGAUUUGAGGUCACGCAACACAUGGAUGUGGAAGCAGGCGUUCUACAAAACAACCCGAUAGAUGCCUCUGGUUGGGUUGGACAUGAUGAUGGAUCAGAGACUAUGCCUUCUCAAGGCCACGUGGAUGAUGCAGCCAUACUAGGAGUGUACGACGAUGAAGCCAUAAAGGGUAUGGCAGGAUAUGUUGCUUCAUUCGAGAUGAGUUCGCAAUAUGACAUGCUAUUUAGAGCCUGGUUGCCAGGAAGCGAGGAACAACCGAGCACUGGCAACUUCUGGACUCUCUUCUGA